UAGCUUUUUGAUGUUUGCCUUUCAUCUUAUGUGCCUUUCAUCUUAUGUGAAGGAAAUUUGAAGGGUAAUUUGAAGUUUACAUCUUUGGCCACCCUUUUGAAAUUACUAAGUACUUGGCCUUCUAUAUUUAUAUUCAUAGUUGUUGUGCUUUCAACUAGAGCCCUCUGUUUCUCUCUGUUUGGCUUUUUUUUAAGCACUUAACUUGCAGUAUUUGUAUGUUUUAGAGCAAAGCAACUGAAGAGAAUGGCAGAUUGGAACAGAAUGCUGAGCAAAAGCAGUGGUUUUGGUGUUGGUGAUUCAAGUAGUGAAGAUUUUCAAGAAGAAGUGUGGGGUGUUACUCAGCAGGAAAGGAAGUACAACUUUACUCAGGAGUCUUGCUCCUCUAGUUCUUCUUCUUCUUCUGCAAGGAGCCUCUCCACAGCUCCAAGAACCAUUGUAAAGGCAUGUGACAACUCUUUAAGCACCCAUGACUCCAAUGUGGUACAGAGAUCGGCUCCAAUUAGCAUUCCUGAUUGGUCAAAAAAUUAUGGGAAAAAUGAAGAUAAUCAUGAUGGGUAUGAUGUCCAAUUCAAUGGUGAAGAUGAUGAUGCCAAUGAUAAUGAAGAUGAGAUGGUGCCACCACAUGAAUGGUUGGCUAGAAAGCUGAGAAGAAGCCAGAUCUCAUGUUUCUCAGUUGUUGAAGGGAGGGGCAGGACACUUAAAGGAAGAGACUUGAGGAAAGUAAGGAAUGGUGUUUGGAAACAAACUGGUUUCUUGGAGUAGUCAUGUAAUCUUUGUUU